ACGCGUUUUAACUGCGACAGCUUUUCGUGCUGCUAAAAACGCCUGUAGAUCUCGAUAGAAGUCUGUUGUGUAAAAUACAUAUGAAAGUUACAAUUACCGCUAUAUUAAUGUGUGUAAUUAUAGAAAACUGACCACCAGAAACACCCCAGUGCUGCAAAUUACUAUUAGCCAACAUGAAGCUGAAUAUCGAGGGCUUAUUAGUCUACUUUCCGUAUGACUACAUUUAUCCUGAACAAUACUCGUACAUGCUUGAGCUGAAGAGGACGCUGGACGCAAAGGGCCAUGGAGUUCUUGAGAUGCCUUCAGGAACAGGAAAAACAAUUUCUCUUCUUUCCCUCAUUGUUGCUUACCAGAAGGCUUACCCUUUAGAAGUCACCAAGCUUGUCUACUGUUCUCGCACAGUGCCUGAGAUAGAGAAGGUUGUGGAGGAGCUAAGGAAACUAAUGGAUUAUUAUGCAAAGCAAACGGGAGUGAAAAAUGACUUCCUUGCACUGGCACUUUCUUCACGUAAAAACCUGUGCAUUCAUCCUGAGGUGAGCUCUCUGCGUUUUGGAAAAGAAGUAGAUGGGAAGUGUCACAGUCUGACAGCAUCAUAUAUCCGCGCGCAGCAUCACAGUAACCCAUGCCAACCUGUCUGCCAAUUCUUUGAGGAAUUUGAUGCAGUAGGCAGACAAGUGCCCAUUCCCCCAGGUAUAUUUAACUUGGAUGAUCUGAAGGACUUUGGGCGUAGAAAAGGCUGGUGUCCCUACUUCCUGGCACGCUACGCAAUUCUUCACGCAAACAUUGUAGUGUACAGCUAUCAUUACUUACUUGAUCCAAAAAUUGCAGACCUGGUCUCGAAAGAGCUCGCAAAGAAAUCUGUAGUUGUGUUCGACGAGGCUCACAACAUCGAUAAUGUGUGUAUUGAUUCCAUGAGCGUCAACAUUACCAGGAGGACUCUCGAUCGCUGUCAGACUAAUGUGGAAACCCUGCAAAACACCAUUAGCAGAAUUAAGGAAACAGAUGCUGCCAAACUCAGAGAAGAAUACAUGAGAUUAGUUGAAGGUCUUAAAGAAGCAAAUGUUGCCAGAGAAACCGACAUCUAUCUGUCCAACCCAGUUCUGCCAGAUGAAAUCCUUCAAGAGGCUGUGCCUGGCAGCAUUCGCACUGCAGAGCACUUCGUGGGCUUUAUAAAGCGUUUCCUGGAGUACCUGAAAGCACGUUUGCGAAUCCAUCACGUGGUGCAAGAGAGUGCCCCUCAGUUCCUCAAAGACAUCUAUGAGAAGGUCUGCAUUGACCGCAAACCCCUGAGAUUUUGUGCAGAGCGGCUGCGCUCACUGCUGAGGACGCUGGAGAUCGCAGACAUUGCUGACUUCUCAGCCAUUACCUUGAUCUCACACUUUGCCACACUUGUCAGCACCUACAGCAAAGGCUUUACCAUCAUCAUUGAGCCCUUUGAAGAUAGAACGCCAACAAUAGCAAAUCCUGUCCUUCACUUCAGUUGCAUGGACCCCUCUAUCGCCAUUAAGCCAGUGUUUGGCCGCUUUCAAUCAGUCAUUAUCACAUCAGGGACACUCUCUCCGCUGGACAUCUACCCACGCAUCCUUGAUUUCCGCCCAGUCACUAUGGCAUCCUUCACCAUGACACUGGCACGAACCUGUCUGUGCCCUCUUAUUGUUGGCAGAGGGAAUGAUCAAGUAGCAAUGACCUCCAAGUUUGAGACCAGAGAAGAUUUUGCUGUGAUCCGGAAUUAUGGAAACCUGCUGCUGGAAAUGUCUGCCAUCGUUCCUGAUGGGAUCGUUGCGUUCUUCACGAGUUACAUAUACAUGGAGAACAUUGUGGCUUCAUGGUAUGAACAGGGCAUCCUUGAGAACAUCCAAAGAAACAAGCUCAUUUUCAUAGAAACCCAGGAUGCAGCUGAGACCAGCAUGGCCCUGGAGAAGUACCAAGAGGCCUGUGAGAACGGCAGAGGAGCAAUUCUGCUCUCAGUGGCAAGAGGGAAAGUGUCAGAGGGGAUUGACUUUGUUCAUCAUUUUGGCCGUGCCGUUAUCAUGUUUGGAGUGCCGUACGUUUACACCCAGAGCCGAAUCCUUAAGGCACGGUUGGAAUACCUCAGAGAUCAGUUUCAAAUCCGGGAAAAUGACUUUCUGACGUUUGAUGCAAUGCGCCAUGCGGCUCAGUGUGUGGGCAGAGCCAUCCGAGGCAAAACAGACUACGGCCUGAUGAUCUUUGCAGAUAAGCGUUACGCACGAGCGGAUAAGCGAGGAAAGCUGCCCCGCUGGAUUCAGGAACACCUUACAGAUGGAAGCCUAAAUCUGACCAUUGAUGAGACUGUGCAGUUAUCCAAGCACUUUCUACGACAGAUGGCCCAGCCCUUCAGACGGGAGGAUCAGCUGGGUCUGUCUCUGCUGACCCUGGAACAACUGCAGUCUGAGGACAUGCUUCAGAAAAUUGCUCAGAUUGCUCAACAAGCCUGAGCCAGUGUUGUUCUCUACUGCCUGAAGAGAAACAUGCCGUCUCAAAAUCAGUUGCAGAUGGCACACAAGCACACUGAAUUAAGGGGAAAGUGCCGGAGGUCACCAGGAGUUGCAUACCAGCUAUUGAUUGGGCCAUAUCAGCUGUCAAACACCUAAUUAUCUGAAAACACUUUUUACACAUGUUGAUUUUAACAGAGGUAGAACAAUUUUAUUUGGUUCAUCAGCAACAUUCAGUAUAUAAAUAUACUCCCUAAGCUCACGGAAUAUGUAACAUGAUUCAACAAUAUUGAAUGUGCAGCUGUUUAGAUUAUAUAACAGCUCAUUUGAUGUCUAACCUCUCAGUAACUACAUCCACUAGCAAGAUUCAAGUUAUAUACUGUAUAUAAGCCUUGUACCCUGAAAUUAUGCACAUGUAAAAUCCUUCCUAUUGUGUUGAGAAGUGCUUAAACUAAGCAAAAUAUAUUGAAAUAUAAAGUACACGUGCUUGAAAUUGAAAAAUCAAUAGUCCCUUAUAUUAUAGGCACAACUAUGUACCACAAUUGGUUGAUAUUACAUAAGACUUAGUACUUACAACAGCAUGUCUUACAUUCAUCGUGGAAUGUAACAUCAUGGAUUCAUUAGGAAUUUUUGAGUUAAGAGCAUUUAGAAGCCAUUUGAAGAUUUAAAGGGAUAGUUCACCCAAAAAUGAAAAUUCUGUCAUCAAUUACUCACCCUCAUGUUAUUCCAAACAAGACCUUCAUUCAUCUUCGAAACGUAAAUUUAGAUAUUUCUGAUGAAAUCCAAAAGCUCUCUGACCUUGCAAAGAAUUGUUGAAUAAAGAGAUGAUAACUCUGUGCAUGAAAAGUAUUCUCAAAGCUUCAUAACAUUACGGUUCAACCACUGAUGUCACAUGGACUGUUUUAACAAUGUCCUUACUACCUUUCUGGGCCUGGGAACGUUUCAGUUGCACUGCUGUCUAAGCAGGGUCAGAAAGCUCUUAGAGUUCAU